AUGUCUAGCGAUUUCGCUAUCUAUAUUCGAGACAAGCUUUUCGACAGCAAAACAUCUGUCGACCAUAAAAUCUUACAUAGUGUAAACAAGAAAGGUGAAUUUGUUCUAAAGUUCUGUUUCUGGGAAUAUGACAAGAACCAUAAAACAUUAGGCAGAGAAGUCUUUAAGUUUGUCAAUGACAGACUUGUUGACAGAGAUGACGCCUCUUGGAGAGAUGAAGUCCAACAAAACUUCUUAGAAUGCAAAGAAGACACAUGCGCUGUUCUUGAAGAUGAAAUAGAAAACAGAAUAGAAGAGCUAUUAAAGGACAAAGAACUUUUACAAAAAUAUGGUUCUGAGAA